GUUAAACAUCCAACUAAAAUAUUCAGGUAAAAAAUAAAAAAAUAAAAAAGGUUCGUUUUCUGUUUAGCUUAAAGUGCAAGAAUACUCGAUGAAACAUUUAAUAUAUUACAAACCUUAUCAUGGAAAAUUAUAAUUUCAUCACGAAGACAAAGUUUGCCAAUUAGUCAAUAUUUCUGCCAAUUAAUUUCUCCAUAAAGCAGCAAGUACGGCGAAAAGGAGAAAGAGAAAAAGAAAGACGACGACGACGAAGAAAACUAUCUUUAACUUUUUUUUUUUUAAAUCCUAGCAGAAUGAGGAAGCGGAUUAGAGUCCCACUCCGAGCCAGUAGGGGCGCAUUUUGAUGACUGUGAUGAGGUAUGCUGUCCUCACUUGUCCCCUAAUAUACUAACAGUUAAAAUGGCGUCUGAAAACAUCCCUGAAUCCCAAGAUGAGAAAACAGCUCUUAUAGAGACGGACCCAGAGCACGAUGUGCAUCAGGAAUGUGCUACAGUCGCGAAACAAAGCGAAUCUAAAUUAACGCUUUAUCACUGGACGCAGUCUUUCAAUUCUCAGAAGGUGCGUCUGGCCAUAGCAGAGAAAGGUUUGCGCUGUGAGGAGUAUGAUGUGAGUCUACCGCUCAGCGAACACAACGAGCCCUGGUUCAUGCAUCUAAACCCCACUGGUGAGGUGCCGGUCCUCGUCCAUGAUGAAAACGUCAUCUGUGACCCCACACAGAUCAUGGACUACCUGGAGCAGCGGUUCAAUGAUGAAGAAACUCCCAAGCUGAUCCCUGAAGAGGGCAGUACAUACUACCACAGAGUACAGCACUACAGAGAGCUGCUGGACUCACUACAGAUGGAUGCCUACACUCACGGCUGCAUCCUCCACCCUGAGAUCACAGUGGACUCCCACAUACCAGCAUAUGCUGCCACAUGUAUAAGAACACAGAUCGGAAACACACAGACUGAGCUGAAGAAACUGGCAGAGGAGAACCCAGAGCUUAAAGAUGCUUAUAUAGCGAAACAGAGGCGCUUGAAAUCCAAGUUGUUUGACCAUGACAACAUGAAGUACCUGAAGAAGCUUCUGGAUGAACUGGAGAGUGUGAUGGACCAGGUGGAGACAGAGCUGCAGAGGAGGGUGGAGGAAACACCAGAAGGCAGUCAGCCCUGGCUGUGUGGUGAUUUCUUCAGCAUGGCCGACGUCUCCCUGGCAGUCACCUUACACCGCCUCAAGUUCCUCGGCCUCUCCCGCCGCUUCUGGGGCAACGGUAACCGUGUGAACCUGGAAACAUACUACGAGCGUGUAGUGGAGCGCCCGGCCUUCAGGAGAGUGCUGGGCCACGUCAACAACAUCCUGAUCUCUGCCGUGCUUCCGGUGGCGUUCCGCGUGGCCAGGAAGAACGCACCGGUUAUUCUCGGCACCACUCUGUUGAUUGGUGUUCUAGGAGGAGCUACAUACCUGGCUUUUCUUUACAUGAAGAAGAGGCUGACUGUCUCAUUCUGAGGGAGCCGGCAAGUGUUGGAGUUGCUUUUGAACCAAUAUGGGCACUAGGGGGUGGAUAAACAAAGAGAAAUAUGAGAUGUGUCGCCAACAUCAUGAUUUAAAAUGUGUAAUGACAAAAUACGUAGAGAAAUGUUAUCAUUCAGCACACAAUAAUAAUAUGUAAUUGAAACAAACCUUAAUUGUCUUGAUUUCUGUGUUGCUGGUUGCACCAAAUGCACUUUUUCAUCAUCCUCAAUACAUUCUACAUUACAUAUCAAAGGAUCAAACUGGUAGUUUUACAUAUUUUUGCCAUUUCUUAUAAUGACAUAUCUUGUGUGGCUUUGCAGCUCUAAAUAUUACAGCAGUGUUUUGACAGGCUAUGUUAUUGUAGCAGGUAUGAAUAAAUUAGAUGUCAAAAGAUGGCUGGGCAGCAACAAGAUCAGGUAAUAUGGGUAAAAUAAAGUAAGAUAGAAGUUUAUUAUGAGGAUAAAUGGGGUGCAGCAGCUGCAGUGCAAAGUUGGAAGAAAUAGAGUGCAAAUACAAAUAAUUUAUAUAUAUAUAUAAAAUAGAAUAUAAAAUAAUAAAAAAUAUAGAAAAAUAUUUAAACAAUCUAUUUUUCAAAAGUAGAGCAUGAUUGUACCAAUACUCAAUACAAAAUUGAAAAGAAAAAAAAGUGUCCAAAUAUUUGGAAUUCUGACUGUAUGCCAUGCAAUUGUUGCAAAACUUUUACGCAAAUAUACAGAUUUAUUGUAAAUGGGCUAAAAUGUGCAGAAACACCAGCAUGGUCAUCUUGAUCUUAAAAUCACUAUUAAGAGCCUAGUAUGUUUUACCUAAUAUGUACUUUAUCUUUUAUUAUUUAAAU